AACAUCAAACAUGGAGCUUUAUGACUCAGAAGAGUCAUGUAGUUCGGUGUCCUCCACUUCAUUUGUAUUUUCUGCUUCGAUAGACUCCCAAGAAUCGUCAGUAGAUUCGUAUCCGAGAUUACCUUCAAAGACUGUUAAGAAAAAUAGGAAACGGACACCACACAUAUUGGAUAAGUUAUAUUACAGAGAGAUCAGGGGUAACUUUGCCUCCUUCCCACAUGCGGCAAAUUUAAGGCUUUUUUGUCAAAUUCCGGCUCGGUGCCAGAUUCGCCUUCGAAAUGUGCUUCCUGAAUCUGCACUGGAUUCCAAUCAUGUAUUCCUUGGUCUCUCAAGAUGUGGCCAGUUUCUAUUGUCAUACACGUACACAACAGAGUUAGACGUGAUGACUUUCAACCAAGUUUACAAAUACCGGCUACAUUGGUGGGCGUUUGUUCCUCACCAGCAAGUGCGUAAAGUUUCUGAAGUAAUGUUGUUUGGUAAUCAAGGUGUAUACAGCACUCUCUUCAUUGCAGUCUGUCAGUGGCCAAUGGAUUACUCAAGAGUUCUCAUUUAUGGAAAUUGCCAAGAGUCAUAUGGUCAACAUACUGGUGCAUGGAGUACAUCGCCACCUGAACGUUCAUACCUUACAAUCACCACCGUGCCAUCUUUGAAUAAAUGCCAGGACUGUCUCAAAGUGGCAGCUUCAUAUGAGGAGGAAGAUCUUGCAGCAAGUUGGGACAGUUGUGUGCGAUUCAGCUGCCUUAAACAUGGUCUGACACUUCACACUUCAUUUGAUGUUGUUUCACCUUUUCCCAAGUUUGAGCCAAUGAUAUGCAUGAAACGUGAGGGGACUGUUGUAUUUAACACGGGAAAUUUCCUCCAUGUAUUGCGAGCUGAGUUGGAGCAUCUCAGUAAUAAUACAGCGUCAACAAACAAGCCAUGUUCAUCAAACAACAUAUUAACUUCAGACACUUCAGAAACUGCAUAUCAAAAUCUUUCAAGUGCAGCUUCCUCAGCCAGUGACAACAGCUGUAACACCAGACAGGAGUUGUCUGUCACAAAUGCAGAUGGUAGUAGAAAUGAAUGUCAGAAAAGCAGCUCAUCAGGAAGCAGUAAGCUGGAUGACAAUGAUCAAGAAAUAGUAGAAAGCCAAACAUUACCUCAGAACUCAAGAGUGUAUGACACACGAUCUCGUAUGGUUCUACAGAGAAGGCAAGCCAGUUUGCAGCAGCCAACAUCUUUUGAGCUCACUAAAUGCCCCACAUGUCUGCUACAUGAAAAUGGUGGUGACUCACUAGCUUUGAAGCAAGAUUACUCAAGAGUUUGUACUCAUAAUUGUUCUCAUAAAAGUCUUGUUAAUGCUACCUCAGAGAAUGAAAGACGUUUACACAGAAGUAGACUUGCAAGGGUGGUUGUUGAGGAAGAAGAUUAUGAUGAUGAUAUUGAUGAUGACAUUGGUGCUAGUGAUGAUGUUAUUUCUAAUUCACAGAUAUAUUUUACUUCCAGGGGAAACAGAAAAUGUUCUGAUCAAGAUUCAGAACAUUUUAUUUUAGCCAGGCAUGGAAUUAUUUCUGCUAAGAUCAGCAAUGAUGAAAAUUCUAGAAUAGGGUCAGAAUCAAGGGUUGUCAGCAAGGACCCAACUGCUCCAAAAUGUAGUGAAGUGAGUGCCUCUGAAAGUAGGCAUUUAUCCCAUUCACGACAAGUGUCAAAGAUUAGUGGUAAAUAUAGUGAAAGUGAUUGUAAGAAAGUGUUGGAGUCUUCCAUAAAGGAUAAUCAAGAGAGAAUUUUUAAGACUGAAAGCAAGGCAGGACAUUAUACAAGAGAUCUAGAAGCAUCAUCAAUUAGGGAGAAAGUUGUGAGAGAUUUUAGGGAUAGUACAUUUAAUGGUCGCAUUACGAGAUCUCAGACAUCACGGGCUGCAGGCCGUCUGGAAAUAGUGGAUUCAUGUAUAAUAAAUGAAAGCAAUAAAUCUGAUAUUGAGAAAACAAAGAAGAAUGAAUUUUCACAAAUUUCUCAUAUAUCAGAGAAACCAAAAUAUGCUGGAGAGACAGUGUGGAAAGAACAAGGUGAUUUAAGUGGAGCCUGUAACAAAGAAAGCCGAAUUAUGGAUUCCACUCAGGAACUGAAUAUUACAUGUGGUAGCAUGAACCCCACCACCUCAGAAGAAAUGGUAUCAUCUGUUACCCUUAUGUCUCCAAUUCCAGGAACUCUGCUUAUGGUGAGUACAACUGAAGAAUCUGAGAGUGAUGACUGUCAGUCGAUCCCGGAUAGAAGAAAAGAAAUAAUUACUCCAGGUUCAUCAAGAUCUAGACGAAUCCGUGGAGGUGCAACUGUCAAACUUAGUAGUCCCCUUCCAGCCAUACCUGCUACCCCAUCUCAUGGUGGUAGUGCUAGCAAUCCACACAGCAAAAUAGCAGAAGCUGAGAAGGCCUAUGAAUUCACUGAUGAUGGACUGGAACCAGGCUGUGAAAAACUUAGUUCUUUUCGUCGCCGUCGUCUUGCCGAUAAGAAGUAUGAGUUCUGCGAGGAAGGUGAAGAUGCAGAAAAUAUAGUUCCUUUUAGACUAACUCGUCGUAGGGAAUUGCCCCCUAGACUUCGCUCACCGCCUAUCUAUCUCUCUGCAUCUCCUCUCAUGUUGACCCAUCGAAGACGGCACCAUGAUACUUUGUCAGAUCCACCAGAACUUGUUAUCUCGGGGCCUCGCUCACCACAGCUCUUGGCUACUGACAUCCACACAAUAACACAGACAGUAAACCAUUUAGAAACUGAUAAGGUUGUGCUUCGCCCACUUAAUCGUAAUACAGCAGCUGCUCUCCUCCUUUCUCCGAGAGAUCGUGAUGGAAGUGGAGACUGGGUCAAGACUAACAAUAAUAGGAAGUUACCCAUACCUGAUGCUGUAACACUACAUGAACAUAAUCCAUUGGAAAAACCAGAACAUAAUUUAUUAGAGAGUGCAGUAGCACAGCCAGGGGCUUUAGGAAACCUUGGUCCCCUAUGUGCUGCUCGGAUGACCAGAAAGGAAUUGCCAAGUCCAUCACUACAAUCGAACACCAAUGGAAACAGUAACCCUACUAGGUGCACAGUCCAGUUGAAACGACGCUACAUUGAAGUAGAUGAUGAACUCGUUUCUGUUAUAACAGAUAUAGAAGAUGAUGAUUUCAGUGAAAGCACAGGUUAUCACUGCGCACUUCCUUUGGAGGUACAUGGUGCUGGUUAUGCACAAUUACAAAUGAUCUCAAAUACAAAGGCUGGAAAACUGAUGGCUCCAUGUGUUCUUGUCCAUCAGCGGAGUUUUGAUGUUGAACAGUUCUGUCAUGAAAUUGCUGAGAGAUUAUGUAUUGAAGCUGGGAAGAAAUAUUGGUUUUGCAAUGAUUAUGAUGUAGAAAUAGUUGAUGUUUGUCCUUUUUCCGGAGAUGUGAUUGCUGUUGCGUUAAUGAGAAUUCAGGCAACUAUCAAAACAAAAGGUUUAGCAAAGAGUCAAAGGCAUCCAGUGAGCAGUAUGGAACGACAGCAGUACCAGGGCAGUUGCAAGUUUGUGUGGAAUGUGGACACAGGGCAUUAUGCUGUGGUGUGGACACGGGCACUCCAUGAAGUUGAUCCCUGCAACACUGUUGACAUGGAGCCAUGGAAUCCAGCCCGAGAUUUGGCUGUGAAACUCAGGGAGGAUCUUCACGAUGUUCCCAUGUGUCAGUCUGUGAAAACAAUAACUAAUGAAUUAGUACUUAGAGGUGUUUCAUUGGUGCGUAUCAGUGACUUAGAAAACUUGACUGAAUUAACACUGUGAGAGUAUGAAGUUGUAGCAGCAGUAAUUUUUAAGGAUUGAAGCUUGAUCCCUGUUCUUCAUCAGUUAAUUAAGAUUUAUAAUAAUGACAGGAAGUAGGUGUCAGUACCAGGCUCUUGGAAGUUGCUGCUUCCAACAUACCUUAUACUUUCAGUGUUAAACAAUUUGUACAAAAAAAAUUUUUUUUUUUACAUGUCUUCAAGAAUUGUUGGCUGUAGCUCUGAUUGCUUAUUCCUAGUAGGAAAGAGUUUGUAGUCUCAUAGAGAUUUGUGAAGAAGAGCUCUGGGUCCUGAUGUGUGAACAUCACUCAGAUAUACAUACAGAUUUACAUUUGUUGCCAGUGGUAUAUUUAAAAAAAUUUAAAAUAGGCAGCAUGGGUCUAAAUAUGCACUGUACUGUUGUACUUACCAGUUAUCAUUGUUUUAAUGAUUUUGCAUGAAUAGCUGGGCCCCAUGUAACCUAUAGGCUCUCCACUGUAUUCAGAGAAAAAGAUAUUGACUGUAGCAAACCAUACCCACAUAUAAGUCCAUGUUAAUAAUUUUUUAUUAAUGAUUAAAGAGAUUGAAUGUUUAUGCAUUUUUUAAUGGAGCAAAUAUGUGAGUAUGCAGUAUUUGAUUGUAGAUGGAGAUUUGCCAGUGCUCUUGUGUAUUUUUAAUUGUAAUGAAACUGAAUAUGGUAACCUAUGAAUAUAGGAAACAUUGCAAGGAAAAGCACAGCUACUCCCAACAGAAUAGCAUAAGUAUGACAGUGCCAUCUUUUGUCUUUAAACAUAAUAAAGUCAAUCUUGCAGUCAGAAGAACCAUGUGAAAUACAUGAACAGCAGCGUAGCAGCAACAGCAGCAGCAGCAGUAGCAACAGUCAUGUGACGCCCUUGUGUAGGCUGUCAUCAUGAGAAUUAUUUUAGAUAUGAUAUUAUUUGUUUAAACAAGGAAACAAGCUUUACCGCAUUGCUUUGAAGGAUGUGUACCUGUUAUAAGUAUUGUGAAAGCCAUUAUUUUGAAAUUCUUACAAGCUAGGAAGAGUGUUGCAAAUUGAUAAGUUUUCAUGGUAAAAUCAAGUUAUCUUGAUUUAUAAUAAUCUGAAAUUUGCUACACUAAUGCUAUGUGCAUAUGAGAUCUUUUUAGAAUGUUUCUAGCAUGAUGUUUUUGAAGAUAAAAGAAAUCAAAUUAUCUUGAUUUCUAGUAACCUGGAAAUAACUGCAAUAUUAUAGUAUAAUUACUGUAAUCAUAUAUAUUGUCACAUUCUAAGGGUGUGUGACUAUAGAUGGGGUAUGGAUUGGAGAUUGGAUUUAUUGACCAC